ACAGGAAGAAACUAUUUAAAUCGUCGGUCUUUGCCCUAUAGGAAGUACUGUUAACCCGAUUCUGGUGUUUUGCGUUAGUACAGAACCAGCUAUGUCUGUGAAUGCUUACAUAGUUAUUAUAGGAUGCGGGAUAUCGGGUGUAGCAGCCGCCCACCGGCUCGUUAAUGCUGGAUUUAAUCACGUGCGCAUUCUUGAAGCGACUGCAAGAAGCGGAGGAAGAAUACAAACUGGCAGACUGGGGGAUAAUAUUGUUGAGAUAGGAGCAAACUGGAUCCAUGGACCGUCCGAGAAGAACCCUGUGUUUGGUCUGGCCUGUAAGUACAGGCUCCUGGACCCUGAGGCCCUCAACCCAGAGAACCAGGCCAUCGACUUUGGAGGACAUCCCCCCUUUGUCCCUAACGUUUUCUGCAGUUCAGGUCGGAAGCUGAAUGCUGACGACAUUUAUCAUACUCAAGAAAUGUUUGCUGAGUUGCUGAAUGAAAGUUCAAAAUUUACGAGUCAAGGAGGAGAACCCCUGGCUUCUGUGGGAGAUUUCAUCCGGUCAGAGGUUCAACAACGAGCAGCAGAGAAGUGGAAAGAUAUCGACGCAACCACCAGAUCCCUGCGACAGUGUAUGAUCAGUAACAUGUUGAAGUUGGAGUGCUGCAUUAAUGGUUCUCACAGCAUGGAUGAGGUGGGCCUGGGGGCCUAUGGCCUAUAUAAAACUCUUCCUGGUCUGGACUGUACCUUCCCAGGUGGCUAUGAAGGUCUGGUCAAAAAUGUGAUGUCGGAGCUCCCCAGUGGUUUAGUGACCUACAAUCAGCCUGUUUGCUGUGUCCACUGGAACAACACAGAGAAGAGGGAACACCCUGUGAUGAUCGAGUGUGAUGAGGAGAGGAUCGCUGCUGAUCAUGUCAUUGUCACAGUACCUCUAGGAUACCUAAAGAAGCACCAUUCAGCCCUGUUCCAUCCUCCUCUCCCUCUACACAAGCUGCACUCUGUCCAGAGACUCGGUUUUGGAACAAACAAUAAAAUAUUUGUGGAGUUUGAUGAACCGUGGUGGGAUGCUGACUGUGAGGUCAUCUAUCUUGUGUGGGAAGAUGAGGACGGCAUGGUGGACAAGGUACCAGAUGUACAGAGGUCCUGGAUAAGGAAGUUGUGUGCCUUCACUGUGCUCAAACCCACUGAAAGGUAUGGCCAUGUUCUGUGUGGUUGGAUUGCUGGACAUGAGUCUGAGUAUAUGGAGACACUGUCUGAACAAGAGGUCACACACACUGUCACACAACUCAUCCGCAGAUUUACAGGAAACCCUACCAUCACCCCAAAGAGAACCCUGCGCUCCCAGUGGUUUCAUGACCCCUGGACAUGUGGAUCUUACAGUUACCCAGCAAUAGGCUGUUCAGAACAGGACCUGGAGAACAUGGUGGAGCCCCUGCCUACAAAGGGAUCCCAGUCACAACCCCUGCAGGUGCUAUUUGCUGGAGAGGCUACUCAUCCAUACUACUACUCCACCGUCCAUGGAGCUCUUCUCACUGGGUGGAGAGAAGCUGACAGACUCAUCUCUCACUACUCCUCCAUGAGUCCAUUUGAGAGUCCAUCUAAGUCAAAGCUUUAGAAGAAUCUAUGUUUCUUUGACAAAAAAAGAUUUUUCAGAUGUAUGGAUGGCUAAAAUCUGCGAUUCUGAGGAUUAUGGAGAGAUGCUGUUGAUGUAAAGCAGUGCCCAGGCAAGUGAAGUGAGAUACUGCCUACCUUAUGCUGUUCAUUGCAUUCAAAUAUAAAUGAACUUGGACGACAAAAUGAAUCGAUACAGUAAUGACAUUUUCAUUAAAUAUGUUAAGGAUACAGCUUUGAAUUCCCGAUGAAAGGCUUCUUUGUAUAGAAAACAAUAAAACAGUGUUUUUAUUCACACACCAG